UAUCUCUCUCUCUCAAAUAAAAUCGUCGUCCCUACUCAGAAUCCAAAUUCUUGAACAAAAACUGAGCAUAAUUUCCCUUUCUGUGCUAAGACAGCCAGUGACCAUGGCCAACGAGAAUGAGAAGAAGAAACUCAAUGAAGAAGAAGACGACGAGCCCAAAAUCCCAGUCUUCACAGUCCUUAAAAAUGGAGCGAUUCUCAAGAACAUCUUCAUCGUCAACAAACCCCCACCCCCACCUACCAAUAAACCAAUCUCCUCCAUCCAUCAACAAACCCAAGAAGAAAUCUUGAUCGUCGGUCGCCACCCCGAUUGCAACAUCGUCCUGACUCACCCCAGCAUCAGCAGAUUCCACUUCCAAAUCCUCUCUAACCCUUCUUCCCAGCAGCUCUCUCUCACCGAUUUAUCAUCAGUGCAUGGCACUUGGGUUUCGGAGAAGAGGCUUGAGCCAGGGGUCAGGGUGGAGCUGAGGGAAGGGGACAUACUGAGGGUUGGUGGUUCCAGCAGGGUCUACAGCCUUCACUGGAUACCUUUGAGUCGAGCCUAUGAUUUCGAAACGUCUUUUGUUCCGUUGACAAAUAAUGAUGAAGAUGAAACUGCAGAAGGAGUAGUCCAGGGUGAGAAUUCUCUGUCAGUUGAAAAUAAAGAAAUUGAAUCUCCGGAUUCAAAUUCUGUGGGUAUAGAAUCCUUGUUGCCUGAUGAAAAUUUUGGACUAAGUGGGAAGGAGGAGAUCCCGUCAGCACCUCCAAUGCCUGAAAAUGGCAUUUACUCAAUUUUUGAUCAAAUUGAAGAAGGUAUUGAUGAAAUGAAUGAAUUCUCAAGCUUCUGGGCAUUUGGAACUGAAUCGGUGAACCUAUUUUUGAAUAUGGAAGAAUCUAGUUCUAAUCCAAAUGAAAACCCAGACAGUUCCUCUUUUAUUGAAACGGAAAGGGAAACUUAUCCUACUGCUCAAGUGCCUGAGGAAACUGAGAACCAAAGCCCAUUGAUAAAAGACCAUGGACAGAUUGAUAUUUCAUGUCCGUCUGGACCUCUAGUGAUGGAGAACCUACCCUUCCCGAUCGGCGAAGUCCUUGGAGAGAACAAAGAUGAACAAGUUGAAGAAGAAAGCCUGGAACCAAUUUCGAACUUGCUGGUUAACCUGAAUUUUGAACAUUUAGAAGAAAAGGAAGAGGAAGCUUAUCCCGCUGCUCAAAUACCUGAGAAACUUGACAGCCAAAGUCCCCUGAGAAAAGAUGAUGGAUCUCUAGUGAUGGAGAACCUAUCUUUGCCGAUCGGCAAAGUAUUUGGAGAGGACAAAGAGGAACAAGUUGAAGAAGAACGCCUGGAACCAAAUUCGAGCUUGCUGGUUGACCUGAAUUUUGAACAUUUAGAAGAAAAGGAAGAGGAAACUUAUCCUGCUGCUCAAGUACCUGAGAAAAUUGACAGCCAAAGUCCAUUGAGAAAAAAUGAUGGACCUCUGGUCAUGGAGAACCUAUCCUUGCCGAUAGGUGAAGUCCGUGGAGAGGACAAAGAUGAACAAGUUGAAGAAGAAAUCCUGGAACCAAUUUCAAACUUGCUGGAUAACCUGAAUUUUGAACAUUUAGAAGAAAAGGAAGAGGAAACUUAUCCUGCUGCUCAAGUACCUGAGAAAAUUGACAGCCAAAGUCCAUUGAGAAAAAAUUAUGGACCUCUUGUCAUGGAGAACCUAUUCUUGCCGAUAGGCGAUGUCCUUGGAGAGGACAAAGAUGAACAAGUUGAAGAAGAAAUCCUGGAACCAAUUUCAAACUUGCUGGAUAACCUGAAUUUUGAACAUUUAGAAGAAAAGGAAGAGGAAGCUUAUCCUGCUGCUCAAGUACCUGAGAAAAUUGACAGCCAAAGUCCAUUGAGAAAAGAUGAUGGACAGACUGAUGUAUCGUGUCUUUCGUCUCCUCUUGUGAUGGAGAACUUAUCCUUUCCAUUUGGGGAAGUCCUUGCCAAGAGCGAAGGUCAACAAGUUGAAGAAGAAAGCUUGACCUUGGAACCAGAACUAAACUUGCUGGUUAACCUGAAUUUUGAACAUUCUGAUGAAAUAGAAUGUCCAGUGGAUGAAAGAACUGGAGAAACUGAAAACAAAAGUGUGUCACCAGAAGACCAUGAAAAGAGGGAUUCUACAGGCCUCCAUUCUGAACCUCGUAUGAAAGAAUCUAUAAACUCAUCUACACUAGAUGGGAUACUGUCAGAGUUAAUAGAUGACAGAGAGAGCCAGACCCCACAAUCUCUCUUUACUGCAGUAGGACAGCCUGAAUCAGACCUCUGUGAAAGCCCUCCACUGAGAUCAGAGAAUAAAUCAGGCAUGAGGGGAAGCAUUUGGGCAAGAAGAGGUAAACGUGCUAGUGUUGUUCAGCUUCAAACAGAUAAGAGUAGAGGGAAAACAGAGGAGGCAAGAUAUGGUGAUGACAUUGAACUAGAGGAGGAAAUCUUUACACCAGACAAGGAAAAUUUGACCCCAAAUACUCUUCGACUGAGGUCCUUGAAAAGGAAUGGUGAGAUAGAAUUUAAGCAUUCCAAGUCACGUAGAUCAUCCUCGUCGAAACUAAGUUUAAUUUCCAGUAUCUGUCAACAAGAUCUGAUUGUAUCCCCAGAAAAAGAAAACCAGAAAUUGAAGGAACUCCGAAAAAGAAAAUCAGUAGGAACUACUUCUGGAAAGCAAGCUAGGGUGGAAAAAAAGUUGGCGGAAACAAAAGAAAGAAGAGAAAGGAUGCCAUUUCAAUCACUACUUAAAAAUUCUGGAGGCAAGAACAUAUCAGAAACCUCGGUCCCAAACACAGCCACAAGAAGCAGCGCAUCUUCCAGUUGUACUAGAACCACGGGAAAGGUCGCCAAUCCACUCCUUAAUAAAUCUUUUGGAGAAGGAAAGAGGAGGGGCUGGACUAUGGUUGCAGACACUACUACCCUUCUUGACAAGGAAUCAAGGAAGUCAUUGCAGCUUCUACAAGGUCUUAAAGGGACUCGGUUAAUAAUUCCAAGAAUGGUCUUACGGGAACUGGAUUGCUUGAAGCAACGUGGAAGUCUUUUCAGAAGGAAAACAGAGGCUUGUCUGGUGCUCAAAUGGAUUGAAGAUUGCAUGGUAAAAACAAAUUGGUGGAUCCAUGUCCAGAGCUCAAUGGAAGAUGGAAGACUGAUAGCUCCAACCCCUCCUGUUUCUCCGCAGUCUCUAUCUAGUGAUAAGAGCUGGGCCUUUCCUUCUGGGGCAACAAGCUCAUUGCCUUUUUCAAGAUGGAGUUUGAUGGACCUUGUAUCACCAACAGCAGAAGACCAUAUCCUUGAUUGUGCUCUUUUGCAUAGAAAGAUGAAGAAUGAUGGACAACUUGUCCUUCUAAGUAAUGAUGUCACCUUGAAGAUCAAAGCCAUGGCAGAGGGUUUGCUUUGUGAGACAGCUGAAGAAUUCCGUGAGAGUCUGGUGAAUCCAAUAUCUGAGAGGUUUAUGUGGCCUGAUAGCUCUCCCCGUGGGCGCACUUGGUCAUACGUGCCCGAUGCAGUUUUGAGAGAAAGGUACAGCAGCUGCCCUCUGAAGAAGUCAUCAACUGGAGAAGGUGCAAAGGGUUUGAAGCUCAUUUUGCGCCAUAAUUCUCAUUAUGGACAGAUCCGUUAGACAUACUAAAAAUAAUUUAGCCUGCAUUGUGUUAUAGUUUUCUGUUGAGAAAAAUGAUGACUAAGUUGGAUUUCCUUUUGGUUUAAUUUUGGCUCUAUCAAUCACUUCAAAA